AUGAGAUAUUACACAGGCGACGAACUGGGGCUACUCAAAUCUAUCACAGUCCACGAGACGUCGCCCUCUGAAGAAACGGCUUCGGUCGCAAUUAAAUCAUGGGGUAAGAUAAAUCGAGAAGAGGGUAUACAAAUACUAUGCCAUGGAGUAAUAGAAAAUCGAAAAGCGAUAGUGGCUGCUCGUCAAAAUGGGCGUAUAGACUUUAUCGAUCCCAAUGAAGAUGGGAAAAUCAUUACUAAAUUUACAGAAGACAGCAUUAAAGUUAACGAAAGAAAUAAGGGCAUUUUUAUUGGGUUGUUUGCAAACGACAGAACACUUGUAACUGCUACGGAUGGUGGAACGGUUUGUUACAGAUCACUUGCAUCAGAGGAUCCAGAACAUACAGUAACAACGCUCACCUUAUCACCAGAUCUAUGUCGUCUGCGUGUCCAUACCAAGGAACAUCAUAUUUUUGCUUGUGGUGGUAAAGAACGUGAUCUAUCUGUUUGGGAUGUAAAUGCACAUAGUUCCGGGAUAUCCCCGUCAAUCACAAGCAAGUAUACAAGAAACAAGAAAGAUCCACCAGGCGUCAUUUGGAAAGCGAAAAAUGUAAAGAAUGAUUUUUUGGACAUGAGAGUUCCUGUCUGGAUAACGGACUUGCAAUUUCUGAACGACGACGAUGUUUCAAAGUUGGUGACAGGAACACGUCAUCAUCAGAUUCGAUUAUAUGAUAUCAAAGCUGCACGAAGACCGGUUUUGGAUGUAACCACCGGUGAGCAUCCAGUGGUAGCUUUAGUCCGAGGAAAAAAUUCAAAUGAAGUAGUAUUCUCGGAUACAGUCGGGAAUGUUCAAUCAUUAGACAUUCGAACCGGGAAAUUACUCGAGCGAUACAAAGGAUUUGCAGGAACUGCUCGUGGCUUGGCCGUAGACCACCAGAGGUCUCUUUUAAUCACGGUUGGCCUUGACCGUUUUCUACGAAUUCACAAAAUGGACGGAACGCGUGACUUAUUACAGAAGGUCUACUUGAAACACAGGCUAACUGACAUAUUGAUUGAUACCGACGAUGUCGAAUCUAUCAAUACGGUGCCACAGGUCGAAGCUGAUGAUGAACUCUGGAAGAC